GAACAUAUGACACCAGCUGCGCGUUCCCACGACAUUUUCACUCAGCUCCCGACGCUUCUCCCCACAGCCUGACGGGCAGGCGCGAGUGGAGUUCAUCAUCGCGCUGGCAGGGCGCCGGCGCUCGGCGCGACAGGCCUUCCAGGAGCUGAGCAAGGCCCUGCGCGCCGGCGCCGAGCUCACGCCGCGGCUCUGCGGCGCGGUGGCCGCGGCGUGCGGGGAGGGCGGCCUCGCGGCGGAGGCCAAGCUGCUCCGGCGGCGCAUGAUGGCGGCCGGCGUGGAGCAGGACAGCACGGUGAGGGCCAGCCUGGUCCGCGCCUUCGGCCUGGCGGCGGCCCAGCUGGCGCCCGCUGGCGGCGCGCCGGGCGCCGCCGCAGAGCGCGAGGCGGCUCGCGGCCGGUUGCUGGCGCACGUGUGGAGCGUGAUCCAGGAGGCGAAGCGGGAGGGCCCCAUCCCCGCGGUGCUCUUCGACGCCGUCGUGCACGCCUACUGCGACGCGGGGCUGCCCGCGCACGCGGAGGAGCUGCUCGGCAUGGGCGCGGAGCUCGGCUGCGAGCCCAGCGCCGAGGCCUUCGCCCGCGUGCUGCACGCCCUCGAGGGCGAGCCGCGGCAGUUCUUCGCGCUGUGGGAGCGGAUGCUCGCCGAGACGGGCGCGCGCCCCGGGCCGCUGGCCAUGCAGCUCGCGCUCGGCGUCGCCGCUGCCUCCCGCGACGCGAGGAGGGCGCAGGCCGUGCUGGAGCUGAUGUUCGCCGCCCGCGAGGCCCCCGCCGCGGAGGCCGCCGACGCCCUGCGCUCGCUGCCGCCCGGGCCCGAGGCCGCCGCAGUGCGGCGGCUGCUCAACGAGCUCGGCAGGGCGUGAGCGGCGAGGCGCGGCAGCGGCUGCGGGCGCGCGCGGAGCCGCAGCAGCGGCUUCCCGUGAGGUUUGCCUGUCCCG